GCGCGAGGCAGUGAUUCUGCUGAAGAUGGUUGAUGUUCCAGGGCCUCCGCUCCUAUCUCUGAUGCUGCUGCUGUGUGUGUCGGCACUGCCUGCCGCCACAUACACCCUGACCCCUGGCAGACAGGCCCAGCACAAAGUCCUGCACCUGGACUGGCCUAAGGACUGUGGCAUGGCCCACUAUAAACCUAACAUGGCUGAACGGAUCGUCUCUGGAAACGAGGCCAGACCUCACUCCUGGCCAUGGCAGGUCUCCCUACAGGUUCGUCCCAGAGGCAGUAAGCACUACAUCCACGUCUGUGGAGGAACUCUCAUCCACAAGAACUGGGUCCUCACCGCUGCUCACUGCUUCCAGAAGGGUAAAGCCGAGGAUGCUGGGAGUUGGAGGAUUGUCCUGGGGAAGCACCAGCUGAAACGUUCCGAAACACCCGAGAAGACUAUCCCGGUGAAGAGGAUAUACCGUCACGAGCACUUCCGUUACCCCACGCACAGCGAGCUGGACUACGAUAUCGCCCUGGUCAAGGCUGCCACCGACAUCGUGCCCACCAACCACAUACGCUACGCAUGCCUGCCGCGCAAACAGAUCAAUCUGAAGCCAGGACAAUACUGCUGGGUGACCGGCUGGGGAGACACUCGGGGUGGGAAGGAGAACGUGUCUCUGGCUGAGGCUCUGAACCAGGCCCGUCUGCCCAUCAUCGACAUCAAGACCUGCCGUCAGAAGAAGUUUUGGGGUGACCGUGUCAGGGACUCCAUGAUCUGUGCCGGCUUCAGAGACACAGAAGGACCACCUGCUGCCUGCCAGGGUGACUCGGGUGGUCCUCUUCUGUGCCAGUUGGGGCAUGACAGGUGGGAGGUGCACGGUGUGGUGAGCUUUGGUCCCAUUGGCUGCACCGUGGAGAACAAGCCCAGUGUGUUCACCCGCACUGCCAAUUACAUCCCUUGGAUCGAGGCUACGCGCAUCAGAGACUUCUUUCUGCACUAGACCACACGCGCACACACACAACCUGACAACCCCUCUGCACCCCCAAAACUAUAGCAUUCGUUUUUUGUGAAACGUACCAUAUUGCCUCAAGCUCCGCCCCCCCGUGUCCAUGACCUGUGAGUCACUACAGUGACAUCAGACAACAUUUGAAUGAAGACUAAAACAUUUUACAUGCACCAAUGUCCUGAUCAUCAGUAUUUCAUUAAAUCAAGCCAUCUGUCAUGAUGCUGUCA